CUUUGAUACUACAAUCUAUAUUAUGUCUACUUCACUACCCCUGAUCACCUCUUCAGUUACUACUACUUUUACGGCUCGAACCAAGAAAACUCAAGGGUUCCGAGUCUCAUCAUGCAACAACGUAACACCAACAAAUAAUGAUGACAAUGAUAAUAACCAACUCAUACUCCCCGAAACCCAAAAACUUGUCCUGCCCAACAAUAUGAAUGUAGACCGAAGGAACCUCCUUGUGGGUCUGGGCGGUGUCUGCACCGCCGCAAACUUAGCUUCCUUGUCAUCCACGUUAGCUUCUCCCAUUACAGCUCCUGAUCCCAAAUGCAAGUACUCGUAUGUCGAUAAACCUGGAUCGGCUAUAAGGACACUAAAAUGUUGUCCUCCUAACCUUGGGAAGGAGGUUAAACCUUUCGUGUUUCCACACAAAAAAGAACCGGUGAGAAUGAGAUGGCCGGCACAUAAAGGGACUAAAGAGCAAGUCGAGAAGUACAAACGCGCCAUUGCAGCCAUGCGGGCCCUCCCAGACGACCACCCGCAUAGCUUCAAACAACAAGCUUCAAUUCAUUGUGCUUAUUGUAACGGAGGUUACACUCAAAUCGAAAGCGGGUUUCCUGAUGUCGAGCUCCAGAUUCAUAAUUCCUGGCUCUUCUUUCCAUUCCAUCGUUGGUACCUGUACUUUUACGAAAGAAUCUUGGGAAAGUUAAUCGACGAUCCCACUUUCGCGUUACCUUACUGGAACUGGGACGAUCCAGCUGGAAUGGAGAUUCCGGAAAUUUUUCUAGGGGAUGAAAGCAAUCCCCUAUAUGAUUUUUUCCGUGACCCGAAACAUCUACCUCCAAGAGUAGUCGACUUAGCAUACAGUGGGAAAGACCAAGAUAUCGAUCCCAGUCUUGAUCAAAAAGAGUGCAAUCUUAUUACCAUGCACCGUGAUAUGAUUACGAACGCGGUUGAUGACAUCAGUUUCUUUGGAGGCGUAUACGUAGGUGGGAGCGAGCCUGUUAAAAACGGAGACCCCUCGAUUGGAUCCGUGGAAGCCGGUUGUCACACUGCGAUGCAUUUAUGGGUUGGUAGACCGCGCUCGGAGUUUCCUAACGGAGAGGACAUGGGUAACUUCUAUUCCGCGGGUUAUGACCCGUUGUUUUUUGUGCAUCAUGCUAAUGUCGACCGUAUGUGGAAGCUAUGGAAGGAUUUAUGCCUUCCAGGACACGUAGAACCCGUCGAGGACGAGUGGUUAAAUUCUUCGUACUUGUUUUACGACGAGAAUGAAGACCUCAUACGAGUUUAUAACAAAGACGCGGUUGAUAUGAGGAAGCUGGGAUUUGAUUAUUCACAUACCGAUAUUAAUAACGUCCCGUGGAGGAACAGUCGACCCGCCAAACGUAAGGAAAAGUUACCGCCGGCCUCAGGAGGUGUGCACCCGGGGAAACAACCGUUAAAACUAACCGAUAAGAACCUCAAGGUUCGUGUUACCAGGCCGGAUCCUCCUAAGGACGACGACAGGAAGAAUUACAAGGAGGUUUUGUUUAUCGACGGGAUAAAACACAAGGGUAAUAAGCUUGUGAAAUUUGAUGUGUUCGUGAAUGACAAGAUUAGCGCCGAUGAUCAGGCUCUCUCGACUUGUGACCCAGAAUACGCGGGUGGGUUUGCCCAGAUUGCACAUGGCAGUGAUAUGGCGAUGCCUUGUGGAGCCAGGUUCGGGUUGGACGAGCUGUUGGAGGACACAAACUCCGAAGACGACAAGGUUGCUGUGGUUAAAUUGGUGCCAAGGACCCCGGCUGAAAAAAUCACCAUUGGGAAUAUCAGAAUCGAUUGGGUUUCCGCUUCUAUCCCAUUAGCGGAUGUGGAAAAGUUGAACAGCGAGGUGUUUCUGCCUGUUAAACUAGGCAACAUCCUCAAGGUUAGUAUUGAUAGACCAGAUGUGAUCGAGAAGCGGUUUUACAAAGAGGUUUUGUCUAUUAAGGGUAAAAACCUGGAUAAUAAGGCUGUGAAAUUUGAUGUCUUUGUGAAUGACAAGGUUAACAAAAACUCUAAAAAGGAAGAUCUUCCCACGCCUUGCAGCCCUGAAUACGCGGGUAGGUUUGCACGGCUUCCACUUAACAACGGUGAUUCGUCUUCGGAUUUUGAGGUGACAUUCGACCUGGACAAGCUGUUGCGUGACACAAAAACCAACCACAAAAGGGAGGUUGUGGUUGCAUUGGUGCCAAAGACAGCCGAGACUAAAAGUCUCAUCAUUACGGACAUCCUGAUCAAGUUGGUGUAGUAAUUAAUAAAUAAAUUGUGCAUUUUGGCCAUACACACGUAGCAUUAGGAUGCACCGUGUAUGUUGUGUAGCCAUAUCAUAAUAUGCACAUUAUAUAUGUUGCAAGGUUUUCGUUGAUGUUUGGUUGAUAUAAUAAAAUUGGUUUUCCUAUUCAAA